AAAAGUUGGUCANUCAAUUUGUUCUUCAAUGGCGGAAACCAACCCGAAUCCUUCAACAGUCGACCCGCGCAGCGGCUUCUGCAGCUCCACCUCCACUUUCCACAGCAAGCGCCCGCCGAUCCCCCUCCCCUCCACAGACUUCAUUGACGUCGCCACAUUCAUCUCCUCCCGCCCCCACCGCGGCCGAACCGCCUUCAUCGACGCCGCCACCGGCCGCCGCCUCACCUACCCGGAUCUCUGGCGCGCCGUCGACGCCGUCUCUGACGCCCUCGCCUCCGACUUCGGCGUCCGCAAGGGCCACGUUGUCCUCCUCCUCACCCCGAACUCGAUCUACUUCCCGGUCGUCUGCCUCGCCGUCAUGUCCCUCGGCGCCGUCGUCACCACCACCAACCCCCUCAACACCGCCGCCGAGAUCGCCAAGCAGAUCGGCGACUCGAAACCGGUCCUCGCCUUCGCAAUCCCUGAGCUCCUCCCCAAAAUCGCCGGUUUAAGCCUCCCGGUCGUCAUCCUCGGCCCCAAUUCUCACGCUCCCAGCCAUCAAAAUCCUGGAAAAUUGAAAAUCGCCGCCUCAAUCGAGGAAUUGAUGAGCAGAGAGCCGAGUCAAACCCGAGUCAAGGAGCGAGUCCAUGUGAACGACGCGGCAGCGAUCCUGUACUCUUCCGGCACGACCGGCGCCAGCAAGGGCGUGGUCUCCACGCAUAGGAACCUGAUCGCGACGGUCCAGACGAUCGUGAACCGGUUCAAAUUGGAAGAAGGCAGGCAGACGUUCAUAUGCACGGUGCCAAUGUUCCACAUCUACGGGCUUGUGGCGUUCGCCACCGGCCUGAUAGCCGCCGGGUCGACCGUCGUCAUCCUCUCCAAGUUCGAGAUGGAUGAGAUGCUGUUGGCGAUCCAGCGAUUCUCGGCCUCCUAUCUGCCGCUAGUGCCGCCGAUCCUGGUGGCGAUGGUCAACAACGCCGAUUCCAUAAGGAAAAAGUACGAUUUGAGCAGCCUGCAGUCGGUGCUAUCGGGCGGCGCGCCGUUGAGCAAGGAGGUGAUUGAGGGUUUCUCGGCCAGGUACCCGAACGUGACGAUUCUACAGGGGUACGGACUCACUGAGUCAACAGGGAUCGGAGCGUCGACGGACUCGCUGGAGGAGAGCAGGAGGUACGGGACGGCGGGGACGCUGUCGCCGAGCAUGGAGGCGAGGAUUGUGGACCCGGACAGCGGUGAGUUGCUGCCGGUGAACCGGACGGGUGAGCUUUGGCUGAGGGGCCCAUCCAUAAUGAAAGGUUAUUUAAGUAAUGAAGAGGCCACAGCCUCAACCCUGGACUCAAAUGGUUGGUUGAAAACUGGAGACUUAUGCUACAUCGAUGAUGGAGGAUUCAUCUUUGUGGUCGACAGGUUGAAGGAGCUCAUCAAGUACAAGGGUUAUCAGGUUGCUCCUGCAGAAUUGGAGGCUGUGUUGCUCACCCACCCGGAAAUAGCCGAUGCUGCUGUCAUACCAUUUCCGGAUGCGGAGGUUGGGCAAUUUCCAAUGGCUUAUGUGGUUCGUAAAAAAGGGAGUACGUUACCAGAGAGUCAUGUGAUGGAUUUCAUUGCUAAACAGGUGGCUCCUUACAAGAGAGUUAGACGAGUCGCAUUCGUGGGCUCCAUACCCAAAAACCCCUCGGGCAAAAUACUUAGAAAGGAUCUUAUCAAGCUUGCAGUCUCUAAACUAUGAAGGUUUGAGCCUUUCAGCUACCAUAAGGGACCAAAUCAUUGAAUUUUUAGAAUGUAGUACGUUUCUAUCAUUAACAACAGAUACAAGUUCCAUAUGCCUAUCUGUUGCUCUUCUUAUAUUAUCUGAUUAUGUGUUGUCUUUAGGCUCUAUCCAUGUCCUAUUUUCCUUUUCUUUAUUUUGGGCUGACAAAAAUUGCAUUUCGUAAUGAACAUGUUAGAAGGAUACGUCAAACGGAUUAUUCCAAGAGGGACAGUUCACUCUUCAGAACGAGUUUUAGUCACCUGGUUUAGCACUUAGAGGUACUGUUUCUCUCAGUAAUGGACCAAAAGUGUAGUAUGGAAAAGCUAAGAAAGUUACUGGCCCUAUUUUCAACCCUACACCUAGUCCAUCCAUUCGUGCAGUGGCGAAACCACAUUGAGGGCCGGAGUGGCGCCGGCCCUCCCAAAAAAAAAAAAUUGGGGGGUUUUGGUGAGAGGUUGAGG